AUGGACCAAGACUUUCCCAUCCGCCACUCCUGGUCAUUCGGUGGCCAACGCAAUAGGCUUGCCGAAUACCUGGCGGCGGAUGUUCUAGUUGCUGCAGGUUCAGCAACAUUAGUGACUCCAGCUGUUAUGAUCCUCGACCGGCUGGUGGUGGAAAAGUCAUCCUACAAUCAACCUCUCUUGCCUGCCUUUCGCCGACAUCUCUGGCUUUCUAUCACACAACCUGCAACCUUCCUCACAUCGCGACCAAGUCUGCUGGUGUGGUCUCUAUAUACCGCGACAUUCGCAACGGCCAAUGCCACGGAAACCAUCCUCAACAAGGUUUACCCCGCCGUCGACCAUGCCAUCGCAGGGACGACCACGUUCCUCUCCACCUUUCUGGUGAACUCGUCCGUGGGCAUUUGGAAAGACGUCAAGUUCGCUCAGCUAUUCGGCCACAAGACGACCACUACUACUGAAUCUGCAACCAAGACUACAAACCCCCAAACUGGGGCAGUAUCAACAGCCGCCUCACAGCCUAAAAUCCGCACCGUAACCCGCUCCUUUCCCUUGGCAACCUACUCGGCCUUUCUCAUCCGUGACGCCCUCACCAUCUUCGGCUCCUUCAACCUCCCGCCCUUGGUCUCCGCCUCGAUCCCGGACUCGGUCGUCUCCAGCGAGAAUCUCAAAAUCCUCAUAGCGCAGCUCGCAGUCCCCGCGUCGAUUCAAUUGAUCAGCACCCCGAUCCACCUACUUGGGCUGGACCUGUACAACCGGCCGAUGCAAUUACCCGCCAAGGAGCGGUUCACGCGCGUUAGUCGGGACUGGAUCGGGGCGUCGUUGACGCGCAUGUGUCGGAUCAUUCCGGCUUUUGGGAUUGGAGGCUUUGCCAAUACCGAAGGCAGAGCCUUUCUACACGGACAGCUAGACCGAUUACCGGCUGAAUCAUGA